GUUCGCACGUUGUCCGCGCCGUGAGACGGCACGGUUAGCGGCGGCAGCGUCAUUCCCACCUGGCAGUUGAAAGUGGUGAGCGGGCAACGAACACCAUGCAAUGAGCUCGUUGAAACGCGGACAGCGUAGGAUUUGCGUGCGACUAUAGCGACAAGACUUCGGCGUGGCCAAGUUGGAUUGUUUUGCCACGUUUAAUAUACUUCGGAGCAGCAUCUGGCAGUCUAUAUUUACAAGUAUUCUAAUCUGUACGGCCCGAGAUAGCACCGAAAUGGAAGCAAACGCUGUCUUCAUGCUGAGCGUCAACGGCCAGAUAGAAUCAGCUCAGUUUACAGGAGUUGACGACAUCUACUGCAAGUACUGUUUCGUACACGGAUCCGACUGGGUUGUCGCAGCGGGUGUCGAGGAGGGUAUUUCACAGGUGGCGAGAAAAAGCCGCGAUGCACGCCGUCAUUUUGUCUGGAACUUCCCCAUCGAGAUCACCUACAAGAGCUCUAACGUUUCGGGCUGGCCACAGCUUGUCCUGGCAGUGUACGGCUUGGACGCCUUCGCUAACGACGUCGUCCGUGGUUACGGCGCUGUGCACGUGCCUCCCAUCGCCGGAACGCAUCGCAGGAGUGUCGCGUUGUUCGUGCCGGACUCGUCGUCGACGAUGCACAAGAUGACCAGUUGGCUGACGGGAAGACGACCCGAGUUCGUCGACCCCAAAGUGGUGGCUCGCGGCGAGGGACGAGAAGUUACGAGAACGACAUCAAACGGGAUGGUGAGCGUGACGUUCAACGUCGUCACCAAGGACAUGAAAAAGUUCGGCUACAGCGUUGGGAGCACCGGCUCUACGCAAAAUGUUAAUGUUGGCCUGCCUUUCUGAUGCUGAAAUUCGACACGGUUACAGACCGCUUGGAAAUGUACAAAGCUAAAGUUUUAACAACUAUUGAGUAUUUUUAUAGUUACGGAAGAAAGGAGCCACACGAUAUUUUACAGGCAAAGCACCGCCGGCCAAAGUAAAUGGGCGUUGGCGUUAAGGCUGGUUGUAGCCCUUUGUGGCGAUAAAGAUAGUAAGAAAGAAUUCAACUGAGUACAAAAUGCACACGCAGAAAGGCGCCACGUGUGGUAAGUUGCUCAGAAAGCAUCGAGGUGUAACGACUUCACAAAUAUGACACAAAGACUUUCAGCGAAAAUCGACGAGCAAUACCACAUGCAGCAGCUAACAACAAUCCUCGCCAUGAGUUACCGCUAUUAUAACACAUUUUCCAAGCAACCACAAGGUUUAUGUCCUCAGAUGAAACGAAUAAAGCUGUGAAAGAAGCACUUUCCUGUUAUCAUUCUGAUAAAACACAGCGUGAUUUAAAGAGACACUAAA